GAAGCCCGAGAACUCUGUGGACAAACCUUGGAGGAGCCUCCCAGGCUGGAGCAAAGUACCACGGAGCACCUGCUGUCCCACAGCACCAUGAGUCAGAAUGCUGAUGAUCAUCGGGUCAAGGAUAACCUGGUUCAGUUGAGAUGUCACUUCACCUGGGGGUUGCAAAUUGAGGGCUCUGAAAUGCCUGAUUUAGAAAACAGGGUCUUGGACCAAAUUGAGUUCCUAGACAGCAAAUACAAUGUGGGAAUACACAACCUACUGGCCUAUGUGAAACACCUGAAAGGCCAGAAUGACGAAGCCCUGGAGAGCUUGAAAGAAGCUGAAGACUUAAUCCAGACAGAGUGCGCUGGCCAAUCAGACGUGAGGAGUGUGGUGACCUGGGGCAACUUUGCCUGGGUGUAUUACCACAUGGGCAGGCUGGCGGACGUCCAGGCUCACCUGGACAAGGUGGAGGACACCUGCAAGAAGUUUGCAAAUCUCUUCCGCUAUAGAAUGGAAUGUCCAGAGAUGGACUGUGAGGAAGGAUGGGCCCUGCUGAAGUGUGGAGGAAAGAAUUAUGAACGGGCCAAGGCCUGCUUUGAAAAGGCACUGGAAGUGGACCCCGAAAACCCUGAGUUCAACACUGGGUAUGCCAUCACUGCCUAUCGCCUGGAUAGCUUUAAAUCAGCAGUAAAAGGUCACAAGGGGUCUUCUUUGCACCUCCUAAGGAAGGCUGUCAGUCUAAAUCCAGAGGAUACAUAUGUUAAGGUUCUCCUUGCCCUGAAGCUUCAGGAUGAAGGACAGGGAGAGGAAGGAGAAAAGUACAUUAAAGAAGCUCUGGAUAACAUAUCCUCACAGACCUAUGUCAUUCGAUAUGUGGCCAAGUUUUACCGAAGAAGAGGCUCUCUGGAAAAAGCUCUUCAGCUCUUUAAAACAGCCUUGCAGGCAACACCCACUUCUGCCUUCCUGCAUCACCAGAUAGGGCUUUGCUACAAAGGACAAAUGAUUCGAAUAAAGUCAGCUGCAAACAUGAAGCCUACAGGGCAGGAUAGAGAAAAGGUAGACAGACUUGUUCAAUUGGCUCUCCAUGAAUUUGAAAAAGCUUUAACACUAAAGCCCACAUUUGAUUUGGCUUAUAUUGACCUGGCCGAGAUGUAUGCAGAAAGUGGGCACCUCGAAAAGGCUGAGGACACUUUUCAGAAAGUGUUAUGCAUGACAACCAUUGAUGAUUACACACAGCAACAGCUUCAUUACCGCUACGGCCGUUUCCAAGAAUAUCACAGGGACUCUAAAGAUAAAGCAAUCACUCAUUAUUUAAAAGGUCUGAAAAUAGAAGAAAUGUCCCAUUCCAGGGAAAAAAUUCUCAAUGCUUUAGAGAAAUUGGCUAAAAGAUGCAUUAACCGGAAUGUACGUGUUGUGGAAAGUUUCAGCCUCCUUGGUCUUGUCCACAAAUUGAAAGGGGAAGUGAGUGACGCCCUGCUGUGCUAUGAGAAGGCCCUGAGGCUGGCUGCUGACCUAAACCCUAUGUUUUGAACAGAGGUCACCACCACACCUUUAAUAUUCUCAUAACUAAGUACAACAACUGUGAAAUUAAAUAAUUCAAACUUGAAGCUGUUGGAACUUUAAAUUAUUCUGAGCCUCGAGAGGAAUGUGGCUAUGUGGCCUGCAUCACAUAGCACGCAGCUGCAACUUCUGCUGUGUCCCUUAUUAAGAAAGGCUUUGUGGCACCAGGGAUAAGAUCUGCUCAGAUCAUCACCCCUCCUCAUGGAAUGUUAAAGCAGUCUUCUUUGAAACAGAAAGAGCUGUAACCAAUCAAAUCCCUAUUAGGUGCACUGACAUUGAAUGAAAAAUGUUGCAGCCCUGUUAACUGUCUAUAUAAGUGAAACCUUAACUUCCCCACUUUGGAAUGCUGACCCAAUCCAUUUGGAGUCUGCAUUUCUGGGUAUGUAUCCUCAAGCUUUGCACUCAAAUAAACUCUAUAUUUAGUCAUA